AGAGCGUCGUUGCCAUGGCACCGCUUGUCUGAGUCAGUACCGCGGUUAAAACACGGUCACUCUCCUGGCUUUCGUGUGGGAUGGUCAGUCAGCAUGUUGGUGCGCGCCGGCUGAACUCGUGUGUGUAGAAAACGCAUCAGCGCCGCUCUGUCCCAGGAUGAGACUUCACCACCAGCUGUGAGACGAGGUCCAUAGUGGAAGCACGCGGGGACACGUCGCACACCUGCGGCUGGAUGGAAAUAAAUGGAGGAACUUGCGCCGCUGUCGCCGCACUCGAACCGAUUACUUCACCUCCUCUCGUGGUCCACGGGGGAGCGCGCUUGUAAACUGAUUUAACCCAGGGGAUGUGAAUACCUCCCCGGGAUUAGAAGGCUAUUGGCUGAACGACAAUGCCCCACGGCUCGGUCCGGCACUCCCGGCUAUUGUUCGUGCGGCGGCGGACGCAGGGUGCCCGGUCUCCCCCGGUUCAUCUCCAGUAGCCUCUGCUCCUGUGUCCCCUCGCUGCUUCGCUCAGGUCGCCCUCCCGGUGUGAAUAGGAUAAUAUGACUUCCUGGCUCCGCACAUUUGGCAGCGUCACUCUGUGUCUCUUGCUCUGCUGCUUGGUGGUCGCAGAAGCCUCCAGUGCCGGUGACAGUGUGUGCUGGUCUCCUAGUAUCAGUUCUUGUACAGAGUGUCUCAGACGGGGACCACAGUGUGCCUGGUGCUUCAAGGAGGACUUUCUGGAUGGGGCGGGGCCAAGCCAGCGCUGCGACCUGCCAGUAAAGCUGCUGAGGAGAGGCUGUGGACCGGAGUUCAUGGAGCAGUCGGAGAUCAAGGUGGAAGUCAACGCCACCGUCAGCAGUACACAAGUGUCCCCACGAGACAUCAGCAUCACCCUCAGACCAGGUUCAGAGGCCAGUGUCAUAGUGGCUGUGAAGCAGCUGGAGCGUUAUCCUGUGGAUCUGUACUACCUGGUUGAUGUGUCGGCAUCUAUGCAGGAGAACCUUGACCAUUUGAAGACAGUGGGUGUGGCGCUGUCUCUUCGUAUGACGGAGCACUCCUCGGACCUUUGGCUGGGUUUCGGCUCGUUUGUGGACAAACCUGUCUCCCCUUACAUCAAUGUCCAUCCCUCCAAGAUCAACAACCCCUGCAGUGAUUAUGAGAUCCGCUGUCGUCCAGCCCACGGCUUCCACCAUGUCUUGAGUAUGACUGGAAAUAUGAGCGAGUUCACACGUGUGAUCAAACGCCAGCGCAUCUCCGGAAACAUGGACACCCCUGAGGGAGGACUGGAUGCUAUGCUGCAAGCAGCUGUCUGCCAGAGAUCGGUGGGUUGGCGACCAGAGGCCAAGCGUCUGCUGCUCCUGAUGACCGACCAGCCGUCUCACCUCGCCCUGGACAGCCGGCUGGCAGGGAUUGUUACACCACACGAUGGCCUGUGUCACCUGGAAAACAACGUAUACACGGGGAGCACUAGGAUGGAUCAUCCCAGUGUGGGUCAGUUGUCUGAUAAGCUGCUUGAAAACCAUAUGUACUCCAUCUUUGCUGUGGAGAAGCAGCAGUACCAGUGGUACGAGGAGUUGGUACGUUUGCUACCUGGCUCCUACCUGGGGAAGUUAGGCCUCUUCCAGGCUCCGAACCUUAUAGAGCUGGUGGUGGACGCAUACAAGAGGUUGUUGUCAGAGGUGGCUGUAUCAGUGUCAGUGGAGGACAAGGCAGUCAGCAGGUACUGGGUGUCUGUAUCUCCUCUCUGCCCCAAUGGAUCCACAGCUAAGGACCAGAGCUGCUCGGGGGUGCAGCCCGACCAGACGGUCUACUUCAAUAUCACCAUUGGAAUGCGCUCUUGUCCUGACGACGGUGAAGAUGAAGAUGUAACAGUGCUGGUUCGACCUGUGGGUUACAACGAAUCCACCAUCGUUAGGAUCCACUCUAAAUGCCGCUGCAGUUGUGGACCAAUGAGGCACUGCAAUGACGACAGCCAAUCACCAUGCAAAGGAACACAAGACAGCUCCAAUCAGGAGCAGAGGCCGGAUCACGGACUAAUUAAGGACUCAGACAGAGAUUCAAACCGGAAUUGCAGAGGGGAUGGGUCUGAUGUGGACUGCAGUGGUCGGGGAGUGUGUGAGUGUGGGAGGUGUGUGUGUGAGCAGACCAGGCUUGGGACAGUAUAUGGAAAAUACUGCGAGAUAGAUGACUUUUCCUGCCCGUACGAAGGAGGGCUGCUGUGUGGAGGGCGUGGUGUGUGUGUGUCAGGAGAGUGUGUGUGUGAGGAUGACUGGACAGGUGAUAGCUGUGGUUGCUCCGUCUCCACAGCAACCUGCCAAUCAGCAAACGGCUUGCUUUGCAGCGGGCAGGGGAGAUGUGUGUGUGGCAAGUGUGUGUGUGAAGACCCACGUCACUCUGGAGACUUCUGUGAGAGAUGCCCUUCUUGCCAAAGCACCUGCCAAUCAUACUGGAAGUGUGUGGACUGUCACCUGUCUCACGGUCUUUCACAGAAAGAGGCAGGACACUGCAACAACACCUGUGCACCAUUGGUGGGCUACAUGGAUGAUGUAUCAGGCCAAGCAGGGGAGAUGUGGAUUCAGUGUAUGUACAUCAGUAAUGACAGCUGUCGCUAUCGCUUUCAAACAAGCUCACAGUCUGGUCAGACCCAGCUUCACAUAAGCACAAGACCAGAGUGCGCCAGCAGCAGCCGGCUGGUAGGUACAUUCCUGAGUGUGUGUGCUCUGACACUGCUGUGCGGGUUGGUGGUGGUGGCAGUGUCCCGGCUGCUGCUACAGAAGAGAUACUUGUCACCAGAGAGCGCUGCUGAGGACGGAGGCUAUCACUGCACUGGAAAGGACCUGUCAUACAUCCCAACAACCAAUGAGAAAACAGUUACCUACAGGAGGGACUGUCCACCUGACCGUCCUUUGGAGAUGCACAUCCAGGUUCCCAAGAUGCCCCUCGGUGACCCCUGGCAGUACUAGGCAAAGGUCAAAGGUCAAAAGGAAGUCAGUGGAGACAUAUAGAAGGAGAGUCAACAAAAGGCUUCCUUUCUUACACUUCAUAAAACUUCAACCAGCUGCAUAUGGAGACUAGUGAUAGUGAUAAACUAAACUAUGAAACCUCCAUGGGAUCACAUUUGUAAAAUGUACUGACCAAACUCCCAUAGACUGUGUGACUAAUGUGGCCAGUAUCCUCGAAAUCGAGAUGAAACAAAGAGCACAUAUCCCCCAUCUCUUCUUCUUCCUCUGUAGCAGCAGGAAGGCUGCUUCUUCCAUGGGGUAAAGGGUGAUAAUUUCUUGCUUUUUAGCCAUGCAGCAGUUACUGCUCUAACUUAUGUGUGUGUGUGAGAGUGAGUGUGUGUGUGUGUGAGAGAGAGAGAGAGAGAGAGAGAGUGGUCCAGGUAGAUGCAUGUAUGCUCUAUCUCGGCUUUCUAUUUAUGAUUUUAUUGAAACAACACUACAUGUUUUAGGUUUAUGUGAUUGUGUGACACUCCAGUGCUCUCCUUGUCUUAGUCUGCCCCCCUGUGGCCAGCUUGAGGUACAGUAUUUUUCUCUCCAAUAAUACUGUCAACACAUUACUGACCUCAGCUGUAAUGCGUUGGGAUUUAAUUCAUAUGACUGAUUCUAUGACUCUGUAUGCCUUUUUAUUUCUUAAUUUGAUAAGAUUAGAUUGUGGCAUACCUUGUCUUGUAGUGUCUUUAUUGCAUUUUGUUUUUGCCAACCGAUCAACUGCAUUGCAAAUUAGUCUUACUUUAUGGCAUUUUUCUAUCAUGAUAAGUAAGAAUUUAGUUUCAUAUGAUUGUCAGUUUUUUAAAAUCUGGUUAGACUUGCACUAGAGCAAUUGUUUUGCAUUAUACUACUGAAAACUGUGGGAUAUCUGGGGCAGGAGAGCUGUGUGGUGGGUGUGAAAUGAUUGGUUCGCUAUAUGUUGGGCAUUAGGAGGCAUCUAUCUACACAUUAAGUGCAUUUGAAGCUAAUGUAACAAAUCCACAAAAACACUGGAAUAACUAUGGACUUUGAAAUCAUUGUUUUAAUGACAUACUGACAUGGCAACUGCAUUAUCAAAUGCCUGCACAUGUGGCCUCUAUAACAGAGACAGCAACAGAACUGUGUCUAGAUGCAUCUGCUGAUCAUCCCAGAGCCAUUACUGACAAAUUACGACUUUGAGACCAACUCCUGUGCGGCGGUCCAAAUUGGCUCUGAAGGUACUGAGGUCAGCGAUGAAUUAACACCCCUCAUGCACUAGAUCCUCUGAGAGUGUUAGUUGCAUGGCAUCUUGUGAGACUUUUGCUUUCCCAAUUAUGUUUCUCUUUUUGGAUUUUAUUUAACAUAAUGUUGUUUACAGCAAUAGCAGCUCUCUUUUACUGUAAGUCAGGAACGCUAAUUAUUAUUUAUUGUGAUUUUAUUAUUAUUAUUAUUAUUCUUUCUUUUUAUUUAUGUUAAUUGUGCUAUUUUAUGAUAAGGGUAAUUGGGUUACAGGUAGUAAGUACUGUUUGUGUUUAUAAAGAACACAUACUAUCUCUAACUAUGAGAAUAUUUCAGCAAUAAGGUUAUAACCAUCUCAUCUAACCGGGCACUCAGUUCGGAGUAACAACAGCACUUUUCUGUGUAGUUUUGCUGAUAAUUAAUGUGACUAGUUGUGUAGCAUGAAUGUUUUCAUUACAAUAAAAUGUGCAAGAUUUUUUU